GCGACACUGGGGCUUGAGUUCCCUCUUCUGAUUCCCAGCCCCAGGAUCAGAAAUCCGGGCUUGUGCAAAAGGCGGUUUUCCCUGAGUGCCGAGAAAUAAACAUGCCCAGGUUGUACACUGCUGCUGAUAGAACCUAGUAGACCUUAUGAUACAUUAUAGCUGUGCCCUGAGUCUGAAAGGGUCUAUGUGUGUGGAUCCCCGAUUGCUGAGAAAUGGAGGAACCUCAGAAAAAUGACCUGAACACACCAGGGCAGGAGGAAGAUCAUCCUGUAAGAAGCACCAGCCCUCAGAUUUCUGUUAGUGAGUUUUCCUGCCACUGCUGUUAUGACAUCCUGGUUAACCCCACCACCUUGAACUGCGGCCACAGCUUCUGCCGGCACUGCCUAGCAUUAUGGUGGAUGUCUUCAAAGAAGACAGAGUGUCCGGAAUGCAGGGAGAAAUGGGAAGGCUUCCCCAAAGUCAACAUUCUCCUCAGGGAUGCCAUUGAAAAGUUGUUUCCUGAUGCCAUUAGAAUUCGAGUUGAAGACAUUGAGCAGAACAACGACGUAGUGCAGAGUCUUGCAGCCUUUCAGAAAUACGGGAGUGAUCAGACUCCCUUAGCUCCCCGCACAGGGCGAGCCAAUCAGCAGAGAGGAGGCGGCUUCUUCUCCGGCGUGCUCACGACUUUAACUGGUGUGGCAGUCGUCCUGCUUGUGUACCACUGGCGCAGCAGAGAAUCUGAGCAUGGGAUCCUGGUGCACAAGGCUGUAGCCAGAUGGACAGCAGAGGAGGUCGUCCUCUGGUUGGAACAGCUGGGCCCUUGGGCUUCUCUAUACCGAGACAGAUUCUUAUCAGAAAGAGUAAAUGGAAGGUUGCUUUUAACCUUGACAGAGGAAGAAUUUUCCAAGGCACCAUACACCAUAGAAAACAGUAGCCACAGAAGAGUCAUUCUCACGGAGCUGGAGCGUGUGAGAGCCCUGGGGGUGAAGCCACCACAGAAUCUCUGGGAGUACAAGGCUGUCAACCCAGGCAGAUCCCUGUUCUUGCUGUACGCCCUCAAGAGCUCGCCAAGACUUGGCUUGCUAUACCUGUACCUGUUUGACUACACUGACUCCUUUCUACCCUUCAUCCAUACCAUCUGCCCUCUGCAGGAAGACAGCUCUGGGGAGGACAUCCUCACCAAGCUUCUGGACCUGAGGGAGCCCACGUGGAGGCAGUGGAGAGAGUUCCUUGUCAAGUACUCCUUCCUCCCGUACCAGCUGGUUGCGGAGUUCGCCUGGGACUGGCUGGAGGUGCACUACUGGACAUCCCGCUUCCUCAUUGUCAAUGCCAUGCUGCUGUCUGUGCUGGAGCUGUUUUCUUUUUGGAGGAUCUGGUCAAGAAGUGAGCUGAAGACAGUGCCCCAAAGGAUGUGGAGCCAUUUUUGGAAAGUGUCGACGCAGGGGCUUUUUGUGGCCAUGUUCUGGCCACUCAUUCCUCAGUUUAUCUGCAACUGUUUAUUUUACUGGGCUUUGUACUUCAACCCAAUUAUUAACAUUGAUCUGGUGGUCAAGGAAGUCCGGCGGCUGGAAACCCAAGUGUUAUAAUCACAGCAAGGCCCCAGGAGAGCCCGUGAGUCUACCUGACAACCAAGCUGCGACAUUCAAAGAGGAAAGGGACUCAUUUCUACCCCUGGUCAAGCAAGGUGCUGCUUCUGUGUGUCAAGGCUUCAACCAGGCCCUUCUUCCUCUGUCUCUGGCACCAUGGCAGCUUACUUCUACCAAGUCAGGCGGGACUCUGCCUAACACCCAGCUACUCUUCUUACAGGGGCUUGGGAGGUUCAGGCUACUAUGACCAACAGGAGUGAAAGUCUUGAACAUAAUUUCAAGUGACGCGAAGGCCCAUAUAGACCCAGUGUGGUGGCACACACCUUCAAUCUUAGCACCCGGGAGGCAGAGGCAGAUGGAUUUCUGAGUUCACGACCAAAGUGGUCUACAGAGCAAAUUCCAAGACAGCCAGAGCUAACAGAGAAACCCCGUCUCCAACAAACAAACAAAAGAGGCAUCAUGGUCAGUAGCCUUAACCUCACUGACUGACAGGCUCCUCAAACCAGGCUUAUUGGGGCCAGUCCUGCCCCAUAAGUCAAGUUUAGGAAAACAAGGAUAGGUUUUUGUCAUAAGCAUAGAAAGUUAGUUACACAUACAAAAUAAAGAAGGAAACCUAGAAUCUAGUCACAGUUUCUUACUGAGUAGUUGGUAGAUUUCAGAGUAAACCCAGAGAAAGCUUCAAGCUGAGAGAGAGCGAUGGCCCGCCGCCCUGUGUGCUGAUGCUAUCAUUGGAGGUUCAGGUCUCCCCUCUGCGAGCAGGGAGCUGAGUGGAGUUUCCGUCAGGCUGAGCCUAGUCAGGUGUCUGAGAGCACUGCUUGUGGUUUUGUUUUGAAUAAUUUAAUCUCUAUGAUAAAUCCAGUAUAGUCUAUUCAAACAAACAUUUAUACGCUACUCUCACACUUUAUAAUGGGUAAUCUUUAUUGUCCUGUUCUGAAGUAUAAAAGCAGGUAUGAUUAUGCCAAGCGCUGCCAUCAUAAACAUGGAGUGAGCUGAAGGUGACCUUUAUUUCAGUGUGAGUGUGGACACAGCAAGUGUUGAGUAUGAGCUCAUCAGCCUUGGCCUUGCUGAAACAAUGAAAGGAGCUUGCAUCCAAAGUGUGUGUGUGAGAGAGA